UUCUUUUUUUAUUAUUUAAUUUUGAUUCUAUUUUGAUUUCUAUUAUAUAAAACUGAAAAUUGUGUUUUUCAAUUAAUCGUUUAGUUUAUUGUUUGUUUGUCUGUUUUUUUUGUGCUGUUUUAUCUGAUGGUUAGGGAAUUAAAAAUGGUGAUUAAAAACGGUUACUUAUUGUCAACCAUUUUCUUUAGUUUAUUUAUUUACUGUGAAGCUUUAAAUUUGCCUGUGCCUCGAUCUGACCCUUUUCUCACAUCAAUAACCACUAAUCAGGAAGAUUUGGACCCGGUGUUUGGUGAAUCUGAAAGGUUAAUCUUAACACUUGAUACUGGUAUUUGUUUACUUGGUGAAAAUGAUUAUCAAUUUGAAGAUGUAUGGCAUUGUAACCUUAAUUCAGUAACUUCCGAACCACCGGUGUCACAAGUAACUCAUUCCCAUUCCUAUGGUUCACCUUCAUCGCUCCCCUCAACCUCAUCAACAAUAUCCUCAUCCUCAUCAUCAACCUCAACCUCAUCAUCAUCAUCAUCAUCAUCAUCGUCACCUAAUGGAGUUAAAACUGAUUUAGAUACUCCAAACUUAACCACCAACUUGCGAUCAUCAUUAUCAACCACAAUACCAACAACAAGUACUACCCUCACUAUUGCUGGUGGCAAUCAAAGUUUAACCGGACCAGUAACUGGAAACCCUAACGAUAGCAUCCUUAGUAAUCAUGUUUAUCUAAAUUGUAACAAUUCAAUCAAUUCUGGUAAUCUAACUCACCUCAUUGAUGAUGCUAAUAUUGCUAGUUGUGGAUCUGCCUCUGUCUCCUCGGCAAUUGAUACUGCAUCUUCAAUCAUUGAGAAUGAUUUCUCACCUUAUUGUCAUGAUCAUGAAACAAUUGACUUCUAUUCAACGGGUAACAUUUCAAUUGGAAAUUUAACUGAACAAGAAGAGGCUUCAGCAUUUUUUGAUCUUCCUGCAUCUUCAGGUUUGAAUGAUUCAAAUUGGGCUGCAGAAAAUGUUCACCACAAUCACACUUAUACAACACCGAUUUCAUCACCAUCAUCCCAAAUCGACCAACAUUUACAAGCAUCAAACUAUCUUUACGACCAUGACCCUUCACCUCAAUACCAACAUGUCAGCUUAAGGCAACAAUUUGCCAUGAAUGGUGGCAGAUCAUCAUCUCGAGGUUCCAAGGGAGAUGUAAGCCGAUCAAGCGGUUUCAGUGAUGACACAUCAGACGAUGAUCACUCGGUAACCCGAGAUGAGAAACGAGCGAAAGCUUUAAACAUCCCAAUCCCUGCUGAAGAGAUAAUCAAUCUACCGAUAGAUGAAUUCAAUGAGCAUCUAGCUAAAUAUGAUCUGAAUGAAACACAAAUAGCACUUAUUCGAGAUAUUCGUAGGCGAGGUAAAAAUAAAGUCGCAGCUCAAAAUUGUCGUAGACGUAAAAUGGAUCAAAUAAUAGAUUUACAAAGUGAAGUGGGUCGAUUAUAUUCACAGAAAAAAACUUACGAAGCUCAACAAGAACACCUGUUAGCCUUGAGGCAUUUAGCUCAAGAAAAAUAUACAAAACUUUAUAACUUUAUUCUUUCCUCCUCUGGAAGUUCAUCUACAUUAUCUAAUAUUCAAACAAUGUAAACACACCUUAUGUAACACCUUUUGUCAUCUACUUUCAAUCAAUGUUAAAUAAAUAUUUAAAUAAAUUCAAUAUUAACUAUAAGAAA